AUGGACAGCACAGCAUUCCACCCACCAACGAACGGCGCCAUCGAACGUAUGCAUCAUACUCUCACGGAGUACAUCAAGGCCUACGUAGAACAAAAUGAUCACUGGGACGAACAUUUACUGAUGUGCAUGCACUUAUACAACACAACGGACCAUCAGAGUACGGAAUACUCACUGCACGAACUCGUUUUUGGGCAAAGAGCAAGAACACCAUCCAGUAUCAAACUGCCACCUAAGGGCCAAACUUUAAAUGAAUAUUUUAAAGAGCUAGUUGAGAUUCUGAUGGAAAUGACAACUAUAGCAGCAAUGAACCAAGUUCAGGCGGAGUACCAAUCGAAAUACUACUAUAAUCGCAAACUAAAUGUAAGCAAGAAAGGUUCAGAUAUGAGUACAGAAGGUCAAGGAAACGGCGAUGCGGACUCUGAAUCAGAGGAGCCUAACGAAAACAAUUUGUCGCUGCAGCAAGCACUAGGAAAUAAAUACGAGGGAGAAGUACGAGAGGUUGCAAAAAAAGAAGAAUUAAUCUCGCAAGGAGCAGCAGACGGAAAAUUGGGCUACAUCACGAAACAGCCAGGCUUUCAAAAGGGAAUAACUGCUACAAGUAUGCCAGAAAUACUAGCACAAAGAGAAAAAUUAUGA